AUGGAUGCCAGGAAAGCCCAUAAAGUCUCCUCUUCAUCCUCACCAUCCUCCUCAUCAAAACGUUGGGAGUACCAAGUGUUCUUGAGCUUCAGAGGUGAAGACACACGCAAGGGCUUCACAGGCCACCUCCACGCAGCAUUAUCUGAUGCCGGAAUCAGCGCCUUUCUUGACGACAACCAGCUAGAAAAAGCGGAAUUUAUAAAACCCCAACUGGAGCAGGCAAUCGACGGGUCCAUGAUCUCCAUAAUUGUCUUUUCCAAGAGGUAUGCCGAGUCCAGUUGGUGUCUUAAUGAGCUGGUGAAGAUCAUGGAGUGUAGAGAAAGAUUGGGGCAACAGGUUAUUCCAUUGUUCUAUAAUGUUGAGGCUUCAGAUGUCCGGAAACAAACUGGUAGUUUUGCACAAGCAUUUGAGAAACAUGAAGCGGGCAUCUGUGAAGGUAAACAUGAGAAAGAAAAGGUACAGCGGUGGAGAAAUGCUCUCGCUCAAGCUGCAGAUUUGUGUGGGGAAGAUCUUCAAAAUGCUGACAAUGGGCAUGAAGCAAAGUUUAUCAACAAAAUUCUUGGGGUGGUUAAUAAGCAGUUGUACAGCAAAUACCAAUUCGACGUCGAACACCUUGUCGGAAUUACUUCUCGGGUGAACAAUGUUGUUCGCAUGAUUGAUAUUGAAAAUUCAGGUUCUAAGGAUGUUGUUCGCUUGAUUGGUAUUUGGGGGAUGGGCGGCAUUGGGAAAACAACGCUUGCUAAAGCCAUUUAUAACAAAUUUGAAGGUAGCUUUGAAGGUAGGAGUUUCCUUGCAAACGUGAGGGAAGUAAUUGCAAACCAACCCAAUACUGGUCUGGUUGGUUUGCAAGAAAAACUUCUAAAUGAUAUCUUGAAAAGCAAGGACCCCAUAAAGGUUGAUUCUGUUGAUGUAGGGAUCACUGUGAUACAAGAAAGACUUCACUGUAAAAGAGCACUUGUCAUAAUUGACGAUGUAGAUGAAGUACAGAAGCUAAAAGCAAUAGCUAGAAAACGUGAUUGGUUUGGUCCUGGAAGUAGAAUUAUUAUAACAACAAGAGAUAAACAUUUGCUAGAGCAAAUUGGAGUGGAUGGCACAUAUCACGCUGAACGAAUGGAUGAGGAAGAAGCUCUAGGGCUCUUUAGAAGGCAUGCCUUCGAAAGUGGUCAUCCUGAUCAAGAAUAUCUUGACCUCUCAAAACGUGUAAUUCGUUACUGUCAAGGCUUGCCACUAGCACUUGAAGUUGUUGGGUCUUUUCUGAUUAAAAGGUCCAUAGUGGAGUGGGAAAGCCAUUUGGAGAAAUUGGAAACAAGUCCUGAUGGAGAUAUUCAAAAAAUACUCAAAAUAAGCUUUGACGGGCUACCUGAUCCUAAAAAGAGAGAGAUAUUCCUUGAUAUAUCUUGUUUCUUUAUAGGAAUGGACAAGGACUAUGUCACACAAAUAUUAGAUGGAUGUGGUUUUUUUGCAACGAUAGGAAUCAGUGUCCUCAUUGAACGGUGCCUUGUAACUGUUAGUGAGGAAAACAAGCUGAUGAUGCAUGAUUUGCUUCGAGACAUGGGAAGAGAGAUCGUUCGUGAAAAUGCCCGCGAUCAACCUGAAAAAUUUAGUAGAUUGUGGAAACGUGAAGACGUAAUAGAUGUAUUGAGCGAUGAAUCUGGAACUAAAAAAAUUGAAGGAGUUGCUCUACAUUGCUAUCCCACGGCUAGAUUCAGUGCACAAGCAUUUACCAAGAUGACAAAACUGAGGUUACUCGGCCUCAGCAACGUAGAGCUCACUGGAGAGUACAAAGAUUUUCCCAAAAAGUUAAUAUGGUUGUCCUGGCAUAGAUUCCCUUUAGAGUCCAUACCAGAUGACUUUCCUAUGCAACCAAAACUAGUUGCUUUAGACCUGCAAUAUAGCAGACUCAAAAUAGUUUGGAAGGAUUGCAAGUUGCAUCAGAAUUUGAAAAUCAUUAAUCUCGGUAAUUCCCGUGGGCUAACAAAAUCACCAGACUUUUCAAAUCUCCCAAAUCUCGAGGAAUUGAUAUUGGAAUUCUGUCUGAGUUUGUCUGAGGUUCACUCAUCCAUCGGGGAUCUUGGAAGACUUUCUUUGGUAAAUCUUGAAUACUGCAGAACGCUAAAGGAUCUCCCACUGAAUUUCUAUAAAUCCAAGUCUAUUGAAACUCUUCUACUUAAUGGUUGUUCAAGUUUUGAAAAGUUGGCUGAGGGCUUAGGGGACAUGGUAUCAUUGACAACUCUGAAAGCGGAUUACACAGCCAUGAGACAAAUACCAUCUUCCAUAUUUAAAUUGAAGAAACUGAAAGUUUUAUCAUUAUGUCCUGGGGAAUGGUUGCCAUCAAGAAGCUGGAGUUUUACUGAUGAUGCAUUCCCCAAGGAUCUCGGUAGCCUAAUUUCCUUAGUACAUUUAAAUCUUGACUGCAAUGACUAUUGCAGCCUACCAAGCCUCAGUCGUCUUUCACAGCUUCAAGAUUUGUCUUUAAAUGAGUGCAAAAAACUUCGCGCAAUCUCAGAUUUGCGAACAAAUUUGAAAGUCUUACGAGCAGAUGGCUGCAUUGCAUUGGAAAAAAUGCCAGAUUUUUCAGAAAUGUCAAAUAUAAGAGAAUUGCAUCUAAGUGAUUCGGGCAAACUCACUAAGAUUCCAGGCCUGGAUAAGUCAUUAAACUCCAUGACAAUGAUUUCUAUGGAUGGCUGCACUAAUCUCACUACCGAUUUUAGGAAGAAAAUCCUACGGGGAUGGACUUCUUGCGGAUAUGGUGGCAUUUUUCUCAGUGGAAAUGAUAUUCCUGAUUGGUUCCAUUAUGUCCAUGACGAUGAUAUUGGUACUGAGCUUGACGCCAAGAUCAUACCCCGUGUAAGUUAUGGUAAUGGUGAUUGUCUUUGGCAGGGACAGUUAUCAAAUGACGAGCUCAAAUUGCAAGACGGUGAUAAAGUCUUGAUUGAAAUAAUAGACGAAUAUUAUUCGGUUAAGGUGAAGAAAACUGGUGUUAGUCUGGUAUGGGACAAAUUUAUGAAUGAAAAUAUGAUUGAUUACCAUCGUUGUGCGUAUCAACGACGCCCAUCUCAAAAUCAGGUCAAUGAUGAUGACAUCAUUCAUGUCGAAGAUGAUAAUCACAUAAGAAAAUCACCAGACUUUUCAAAAUUCCCAAAUCUCGAGAAGUUGAUAUUGAAAGGUUGUAAGCGCUUGUAUAAGGUUCAUUCAUCCAUUGGGCAUCUUGGAAGACUUUCUUUGGUAAAUCUUCAAGGCUGCUUCAUGCUAGAGGAUCUCCCACUGAAUUUCUAUAAAUCCAAGUCUAUUGAAACUCUUCUACUUAAUGGUUGUCGGAGAUUUCAAAAAUUGGCUGAUGGCUUAGGGGACAUGGUAUCAUUGACAAUUUUGGAAGCAGAUAAGACAGGCAUCAGACAAAUUCCAUCUUCCAUAGUAAAAUUGAAGAAGUUGAGAAUUUUAUCUCUAUCUGGCUGCAUGUUAACUGAGGAUGCAAUCCCUAAGGAUCUAUGUGGCCUAAUUUCCUUAGAAGAUCUGCUUCUUGAAGGCAAUGACUUUUGUAGCCUACCAAGUCUCGCUGGUCUUUCAAAGCUCAAGGUCUUGUGUUUAAAUGCAUGCAGAAGACUUCGUGCAAUCCCAGAUUUACCAACCAAUUUGUAUGUUCUGGAAGCCAUUAGCUGCCUAGAAUUGGAAACAAUUCUAGAUUUUUCAAAAAUGUGGAAUAUGAGAGAAUUAUAUCUAAGUGAUUCGUUCAAACUCACUGAGGUUCCAGGCUUGGAUAAGUCAUUAAACUCCAUGACAAGGAUUCAUAUGGAACGUUGCACCAAUCUGACUGCCGAUUUUAGGAACAACAUCCUACAGAGAUGGACUUCUUGCGGAUUUGGUGGAAUUUAUUUGAAUGGAAUUUAUGAUAUUCCUGAGUGGUUCAAAUUCGUCAACGAUGUGGACAAUAUCGUCUCCUUUGAAGUUCCUCAAAAUAUCAUGGGUCGUGAUUUAAAAGGGUUGACUAUAUGCUUCGUUUACUAUUAUCUUGUUUUUGGCCGAAAACUUGAAGAUUCUGAAGGUCCUAUUGACAUUAUCGUUAGAAAUCUUACCAAACAAACUACUUUGCACGCCAAGAUAGCAUUUGCCAGAUACGGAAGACCAGAACCCCCUUCGUUUUUGUCAAACGAACCUGAAGCUCUUUGGCAGGGACAAUUGUCAAACGAUGUGCUCUGUUUGCAAGGCGGGGACCAAGUCUCCAUUCUUGUAAGGCCUCUAGUUGAUUUUGUGAUAGUGAAGAAGACAGGGGUUCAUCUAGAAUGGGACAAAGUCAUGAAGGAAAAUAUGGAUAAUCCGGAUCCUCAUUUGUAUGAUUUGGAAACAAAUCGGGAUUUUUUGUCAUUGUCUAUCAUGGAAAAUCUGGAUUUUUCUGGAGGAGCUGAUGAUGGGGCAGGACGGAGCCACGGCGCAUUUGUCCGCACUAAUCAAUCGAGUGGUGUAGAUAAACAAUUAGAAUGGGACAAAGUCAUGAAGGAAAAAAUGGAUAAUCCGGAUCCUCAUUUGUAUGAUUUGGAAACAAAUCGGGAUUUUUUGUCAUUGUCUAUAAUGGAAAAUCUGGAUUUUUCUGGAGGAGCUGAUGAUGGGGCAGGACGGAGCCAUGGUGGAUCUAAUCAACCGAGUGCUGUAGAUAAACAAUUAGAAUGGGACGAAGUCAUGAAGGAAAAUAUGGAUCCUCAUUUGUAUGAUUUGGAAACAAAUCGGGAUUUUUCAGGGGGAGUUGAUAACGCAUUUUUCAGGGGCAGUGUUAUACAUGAACAAUUAGCAGUGGAACCAUAUCUGGAUUUUUUUGGGGGAACUGAUAAUGAAGCAGGACGGAGCCAUGACGCACGGCCAGAUGAUGGAGCAGGACGGAGCCAAGAGUAA